AUGAGGGACCCUCCAGCGGUCUCCAAACAGGUUACCGUGGCGCAACGCGUGACCGUCGUAGACCAGGACCCGCGCCACAGCCUCACGAUCAGCCUACACCUCGAGGAUGCUCCCUACCAGAGGGGAGGCGAGUCGAGCAGCUCGAGCACUUCUAGCCCCAGCCCCCGUCCAGCCCCUCCCUCCUUUACCUCCGCCACCUUGGCCGCCAGCUCUCCCAGUCCUCACUCGCGUACCAUUACACCUACCAACUCGCCUCGCUCGAGUGCCAUCACCCCAAUCAGCUCCCCUCAAACCUCGUGCACCAACCUCUCCUCGUCCGUCCUCUCAACCCAGAAUGCCUCGGGAAGCAGAACAGCCCCGUCUUAUCCUCCCAGACGUCCAAAAUCUGACUUUGGCAGUUGGUUUGGUUCCAACCCCAGUUCUUGUGCCUCGGGUUCAUCCGACUACCAGUCCUCGAUAAGCUGUGCCAGCCAGGAGAGCGCUCCGGCUGGGGUCUCACUUGACGAACAGCUCGCUGCGAAUUCGAUGGCUGACACUACCACGGCCGACUACCUCAGCGUCGACAGUACCACCUCUGAGAGUGGCUCGUCUGACAAUGCAACCUCCAACUGCGGUAGCGACAGAGGGCGCUCCCCUACCGAGACACGGGCACGCGAAGCAUACAUGAUGUACCUCAAUGCACUGAUCGAGGCGCGCCACUACCUCGCGGUGCUCGCUUUCGAGCGCUGCUCACGGGAGCUCCUUGCCUCUGAGCCGGUAUGGACGCGCCAUGUCCUCAAAGCUAUGGAGAAGGUUCGGAUUGCUCUUGUUGCGUACGAGACGAUGCAGUUUGAGCUCGAGUUGUUAGAUAUUUCUGUAUGA